AUGGCCGAUUAUGCACAGUACCACGCCCUUGGUCAGGGCGAGGUCAUCGACCCAAACGACCCUAAUCGAACCUCGCAACCCGCUGCCCAACAGUUCCAGCCGCCUGUCGCCCCGUCUCCUUACCAGCAACAAGCGACACCGCAGCCAGGCUAUGGCGGAGCGCCGCCUUACUAUGGAGGCCAACAAGCUCCUCCUCCGAUGACUGGAUCGCCUGCCCCAGCUCCUGGAUACGGUUACGGUCCCCCCCAGGCCCAAGGACCUCCUCCAACAGGCCAAGCUCCCCCGUCUCAAGAUGCUACGCUGGCCGCGCAACUGGGAGGAAUGAACUUGGGAGAUGGACACCACACAGCACGAAGAAAGAAGAAGGACCGACAUGCAUACCAUACUGUCGAGGCCACAGGUUCCUCGCAAGCCUUCAAUGGCAUGCCUGCGCAGGGAACUUCGGCUUCGCAGUUCCUCGACAACAACGUCCCAGGCGCCCCUGGCUUCGGACAAGGUGCAAGCCCCAUGGGCACACCUCAGAUGAUCAGCCAAAACCUGUACGGGGCCCCUGCGAAUCCUGCUUUCAGCCCUGCUGUCCCGGCGAUCUCUCCCAAUGCCGGCGAGGGCUUCGUCGAUACCGCAGCUGUCUCGACCAGCGGGCCCAAGGUCUCCCCCGACGACAUGCCCAGCGUGCCGGCUUCACGAGAUGUUAUCCAACAACACUAUCUGAAGAACGUCUAUCCUACCUUCGAGCGACAUGUUCCCCCGCCUGCAACUGUCUCGUUCGUUGCCUAUGACCAGGGUAACUCGUCUCCGAAAUACACCCGACUUACACUCAACAACAUCCCUGCGACUUCCGAAGCCCUUCAAGCCACAGGCCUCACACUCGGAAUGCUUCUUCAACCACUGGCUCCCCUCCAGGCCGGAGAAACCGACAUUCCAAUCCUCGACUUUGGCGAAGCCGGUCCUCCACGAUGCAGACGAUGCCGAGCUUAUAUGAACCCCUUCAUGAUGUUCCGUUCGGGUGGAAACAAGUUUGUGUGCAACCUUUGCUCGUAUCCCAACGAUACCCCGCCGGAGUAUUUCUGCGCGACCAGUCCUCAAGGCGUGCGAGUCGAUCGAGAUAGCCGACCUGAGCUUCACCGAGGAACGGUGGAGUUUGUGGUGCCCAAGGAGUAUUGGACGCGGGAGCCAGUCGGCCUGCGAUGGCUGUUCUUGAUCGACGUGACCCAGGAGGCCUAUAACAAGGGCUAUGUAGAGGCCUUCUGCGAAGGAAUUCUCGCUGCCUUGUACGGUGGUGAGGAUCAGGAGAAGGAUGAGAAUGGAGAGGCAAAGCGGAGGAUACCUGAGGGAGCCAAGGUUGGCUUUGUAACAUACGACAAGGAUAUCCAUUUCUACAACGUCAACCCCGCCUUGGACCAAGCUCAGAUGAUGAUCAUGCCUGAUCUCGAAGACCCCUUCGUACCUCUGAGCGAGGGUCUCUUUGUUGAUCCAUAUGAAUCCAAGGAUGUCAUCAGUUCUCUCUUGACACGCUUGCCGGAUAUGUUCUCGGUCAUCAAGAAUCCCGAGCCUGCUCUCCUUGCUGCCCUUAACUCGGCGCUCGCUGCCCUCGAGAAGACGGGAGGUAAGGUGGUGGCAUCGUGCUCUGCCCUGCCAACCUGGGGCCCUGGACGACUCUUUAUGCGCGACAACGGUAACCACCCAGGCGGCGAGAUCGACAAGAAGCUCUAUACGACGGAGCAUCCAGCGUGGAAGAAGGUGGCCGAGAAGAUGGCAGCCGCUGGCGUUGGUGCCGAUUUCUUCCUUGCUGCUCCUUCAGGCGGUUACCUCGACAUUGCUACAAUUGGCCAUGUUGCUUCUACGACUGGCGGCGAAACAUUCUACUACCCUAAUUUCAUCGCUGCACGAGACAGCCGGAAAUUGUCUCUCGAGAUUACCCACGCAGUGACACGAGAGACUGGUUUCCAGGCUCUCAUGAAGGUCCGUUGCUCCAACGGACUCCAGGUCUCUGCCUAUCAUGGCAACUUUAUUCAGCACACAUUUGGCGCGGAUCUCGAGAUUGGUGUCAUCGACGCAGACAAGGCGAUGGGCGUCACAUUCAGCUACGACGGCAAGUUGGAUGCCAAGCUUGAUGCCCACUUCCAGUCUGCUCUCCUGUACACCACUGCCUCGGGCCAGCGCCGUGUGCGGUGCUCCAAUGUCAUUGCCAGCGUGACGGAAACUUCUAAGGAAUCUGGUGCGCGUGAGCAGGGCAUCCGGGAGUGCCUCAAGUUUGUGGACCAAGACGCCGUCAUCUCGGUACUGGCCAAGGAGGCUAGCACCAAGUUGGCGACGACUUCCAGCAACCUUAAGGAUAUCCGACACUGGCUGGGUGAGAAGGCGAUUGAUGUUCUUGCCUGCUACAGGAAGCAUGCAGCACAGCAACACCCGCCUGGCCAGCUUGUCAUGCCGGAGCGAUUGAAGGAGUUCUGUAUGUACCUGCUCGGUCUCCUCAAGUGCCGUGCCCUCAAGGGCGGUGUUGAGAACUCUGACCGCAGAGUACACGAACUCCGGAUGCUCCGGUCAAUGGGUGCUCUGGAGCUGAGCCUGUACCUCUACCCCCGCAUGAUCCCCAUCCAUAACCUUCAGCCCGAAGAGGGCUUUGCCGACCCUGAGACGGGCCAUCUGAAGGUACCACCUUCGAUCCGCACGUCCUUCUCACGCGUCGAGCCUGGUGGUGUUUACCUGGUUGAUAACGGCCAGCAGUGCCUCCUCUGGCUUCACGCACAAACCUCGCCCAACUUGAUCGCUGAUCUCUUUGGCGAAGACAAGGAUUCCCUCAAGAGCCUUGACCCGUACACGUCGGCUCUGCCAGUGCUCGAGACGCAUCUGAACGCGCAGGUGCGCAACAUCAUCGAGUUCCUCCGCACAAUGCGCGGUUCCAAGGGCUUGACGAUCCAGCUGGCGCGACAGGGCAUCGACGGAGCCGAGUUUGACUUUGCUCGUAUGCUUGUGGAGGAUCGGAACAACGAGGCACAGAGCUACGUGGACUGGCUGGUGCACAUUCACAAGGGCGUGCAGCUCGAGUUGAGCGGACAGCGCAAGAAGGAGGGUGACGAGCACUCGAAUGCAGCAGCCUUGUCCAACUUUGCAGGACUGAGACCAGCUUACUGGUAG